CGAGGCGGUGGUUCGGUGGGGUCCGGCACCCUCAUCCCCGCCCGAGCCUUUGGAGGGGGCUCCCUGGUUCCGCCACCGGGGACGUCGGGGCAUCCGCCUGCGGCUGCGUUGCUGACCCGCGGCCGUCGGGGUUCGGCGCCGGUGAGGCGGCAGCUGGAGAGAGGAAGCCGGACAGCGGUCCCCGUGGGUCCUGGCGCCGGGGGUGGUGGCUUCGCUAUUUCAGAAUUACGAGAAAAAGUGUUAAGUGGGCUGAGCUUGGUAACUUCCUAUUUUGCUACAUCCCUCGGCAGUCGCCGGGAAACUGAGGUCCCUGUUACACGAAACUCCAGUUCUGCAGCCGUGGUGUGUGUUCUUUAUAAACCUCAGGGUAAAACCACCCAAAUCUGGCAACUGCAAGAGACUGGAAUCUGGCCACCCUCCCUCAACAGCAUUUCAUGCCGAGUUACUGAAAAGAUGCUGAGCUGUUUGAUUUGGAUGUUCGUCCUGCUCUGCAGCUCUAUAACAGAUGAAAACUCUGUCAGAGAUGCUGACAUUUUUCCAUCAUCUCCUGAAAUUGAAAGAGGAUCCACUCUGAAACUCUUCUGUGUUCUUGGCAAACGCUACACUCCUCGCAGAAAUGCAAGCCACAUAAUCUGGAAGUUGAAUCAUGAAUUGAUUCCUCAGGAAAGCUAUAACAUUGUGAAUGAGACUGUAUCUAGUAUAACAAUCAGUAAUUUCACUUACAGCAAAGCUCAUGUGAAAUGUUUCACUGAGUACUUGGGCAAGGAACAACUUUUGGUUCACACUGAAGUUAAAACUGGCUUUCCACCAGACGUACCAGGAAAUAUUUCCUGCAUUUAUUAUGUUGAUGCUGAACUUACUUGCACCUGGACUUCAGGAAGAGAAACAAAUCUUUUGACGAACUAUACUUUGUAUCGGAAAGAGAUGGCAGAAGAACCCAUGACUCUUCCAGGUAGACUGGGCUUCUGCCCAGGCAAAAAGGAAUCAUGUUCAUUUAGUUACCCAAAUAUUCCAUAUAGUAGUAGUUCUUGUUUUCAGGUGAAAGCUGAAAAUGUUUUGGGUGAAGCCUCAUCAGAUUGUGUUCAUAUACCUAUGGAAAAAAUAGAGAAAUUUGAGCCUCCUGAAAUACUUUCAGUUAAAAAAACCAUUGGUAUAAAGCAGUUGCUUACAGUAACCUGGAAAAUGCCUGAGAAGACUAUCCGUUCACAAGAUAUAAUUUGCCAGAUUCAAUACAGAAACUUGUAUUCCAACUCUUUGGAAUUUGUGACUGUCACACUGAAUUUUGCAGAGAAGACAGGAUCAUACAAUCUCACAGGUCUGUGGGAUUCCACGGAAUAUUCAGUUGCCAUUCGGUGUAGAAAUGCUGUGUCAGCAUUCUGGAGUGAAUGGAGUAGGCAGAAAAGAGCAAUCACAGAAGAAAGAGCUCCUUCAGAAAAAGUGGAUUUGUGGAGGGUAAUUGAGUCCUCACAGUCAGCUGGAAGCAGAUCUGUACAUCUUAUGUGGAAGCCAUUAAACAGCUUUCCACCAUCUGGGAAGAUUCUAGGCUACAAAAUCCAGUAUUUUCCAGAAAUCAAUACUGCACAUAAAAUGACAAGCAUCUCUGCCACUGAGGAAAUGACUUUACUUUUAAAUGAAGAAGCAUAUAUAGUAUCUGUUACUGCCUAUAACUCUGCUGGUAAUUGUCCUGAAGCUACUUUGAGGAUUCCAUCCGCUGACGAAAAACCUUCUCAGAUUAUUAAAUCAGUGAGGACUUCUACAACAAAUGAAGAUGUGGUUGUGGAAUGGAUAGCCUCUGAACCAAAAGUAACCAGAUAUGUAGUUGAGUGGUAUGAAGAACUGGAGACAGAUCCUCUUGGAAGAUCAUGGCAAUAUGUAGUAAACUCUACAAACUGGAAAACUAACAGAAAAAACUUUAAACCAUUUAUAUGCUAUAACAUCUCAGUGUAUCCUCUCUGUGGAAAUAAAGUAGCAGCUCCAUAUUCCAUACAAACUUACAUUCAAGAAAAAAAGCCAUCAGAAGGACCUGUUGUUGACACAGCUGUUCCAGGGAAAAAUGAAGUAACAAUAAAAUGGAAGGAGAUUUCAAAGGAUAAAAGAAAUGGAUUUAUCAGUAACUAUACAAUAUUUUAUAAACCUGAAGAUGGAAAAGAAUUAAAUGAAACAGUGAACUCUGAUGUUCUGCAAUACAGACUGACAUCCUUAAAGGCUAACACACAAUACACUGUCUAUAUUAUGGCAAGCAAUGAAGCUGGUGGAACCAGUGGAGACCCAAAAACAUUCAAGACUUUAAAAUUCAAUCAAGAAGAUGUUAUUGUCAUAGCUCUACCCACUGGAUUAAGUAUGCUGCUUCUCUUAGGCCUUUGGAUAACAUGCAUUUUGAAGAAACAUGCGUUUAAAAACAUUUGCUGGCCUGAUAUACCUAAUCCUGCAGAGAGCAUUGCAGUGGAAUGGCCUCUUGAUGCACCUGUGAAUAAUUUAUUUUUUAAGGGAUUGACAUCUGUGGCUAAAAUCAUAGAAUUUGAAGAUGUAAGUGUUUUGGAGCAUUGUUUACCUGAAGAAAGUCAGGAAGGAUCACUACUAAUGAAUUGUGAAAACUACACUUCUGAAUGUACCGAUAUUAAUACGAAAGGCAUGGUUUAUGGAGGUAAAAAUGUACUGUAUAAUGAAAAAAAUGAAGUUGCUAAAUGUUUUGCACCAUCCAUGUCUUACAUAAUGACUGAUCAAGAUAUCAGAAGUAAAAUGUGUUCAGCUUCGGUACCAGUGAAGAAAGCAGAAUUCAUAGAGAUGCUGGAAGAAGAUUUAUGUGACUCCCAACAGACUUCAAUUAAAAAUGAAGACAGUGACAAUAAAGAAAUGUUAAAGCUGGAAGAUUUCAAUGAAAAAGUACUGUUUAAUCCAUACCUUAAAAAUUCUGUAAUAAGAAGGGAAUUUCUUAUUUCUGAGAACAUGCAAGAACACAGUAAAAGUGAACCCAAAAGCCAGACAACUGUCUUACCUCCCUUUCAACAAAAUGCCACAGAACAAUCCUACAUAACACUGGACAUGUUUGGGUUGGCCACAGCUCAUUAAUAUGGGAAAACUCCCCUUAAUGUUUUUCUUAUUACUUGCACUGUGUUGGGAAGACAGAGUGAAGUUUACAGUUUCAUCCAGAGUUUGUAACCUGCUUUUAUUUAUGACAAUGUUUCCUUAGUUUCUAAGAAAGGAGGAGAAAACAGUUCCUACAAAUGUUAUUUAUACUGCAGGGCUGAUUUCCACACACCUCCUUGCCUAAGUUUGUUGUGUAACUUACCCAACCACAGUGCUGCAAGCCAAAAUCUGUUUUUGCUCUGAGAAGCCCUUGCUUACUUCGGUCAGUCCUUCUCUGAUAUGGGCAUGGAGACAGCUUUGGCUGCAUCAGUGCUCCUCCUGCUUCUCUGCUCCCUUCUGACUUCUCACUCACAGCUACAUUGUCAUUUCCUAAGGUUCAGAAAUCACGGACUCAGCCAUUGAAGGUUUCCACCCACCUCUAAAUAUCACUAUUUCUUUUUAUAUCACAAGAUUGAAAAAUAGAUGCGUAGAUAUUUUGGAGCCUGCCUCAAAAUGGUUUAGCAGCCAUCUUGAAAGCUGCACACUCUAAGCUGCAUUAUUUAGUCAGGCAAAAAAUAAAAAUAAUGCAACUUUAGAGGGAUCAUUAGAAAGGGGAGGUUCUUGCUUGGUGGUUUGGGUACGAUGUCAUUGUAACAUUUCUUAGCUUCUGGAGGGUAUGUAAUAACCUGCUUUUCCAUCCCAUUUUAUUUUCUUCUGAACUGCUAUUCUUUUCUCUCCUCACUUCUGAUUUCCUUCUGCAUUAUUUUCUCUGAAAAAAGAGUAAUAUGG